AUGGACGAGACAGAAAGACAUAAGUAUGAGGCAACGUCUGUCCAAUUGCGUGCCGACUUGAAGCGCUUCGAGGCCGACUGGUCGAGGAACAAUGCUGGCAAGAAACCUGGUCGUGAAGACAUCAAGCAGAAUCCCGAUAUAGCCCGGAAGUACAAGGAAUACAACCAGGUCCGCGAUAUCCUCUCUGGAAAGCAGCUCCCGAAACAACACAAGGAACCGUCCAAAUCCCGUAAGCGCAGGUCGGAAGAUAGCCAUGCUCAAACCCAAUCGAAACGGACCAGACCUGCCCAAACACCCUCCAAGUCUCGACACAUUGCCAUUGAAGACCCGACCUUUGAGACUCCGUCCGCGCGAAGGCUAUUUAGCCCGGCCGUGCCCACCUCCAUUGGGCCGACUCCCCAGAAAGACGGGCGCGUAUUGGGCCUGUUCGACCUACUAGUCGAUGAUGUCGAGAAUACUCCGUUGAAAGGGACGAACGAAGAGCCAUCUGCCAAAGACGCCACGAUCCAAGCCACUCCUAGCAAGAAGCCCGCUGACGAAAUGGAAGAAUCCCGGCUGGGAAGGACUCCAAUGUCGGCGAGUAAGCGCACCAUGCUGGACGCCUUCAUGACACCUUUGAAACGAAGGGAGGGAAACCCACUCGGCGGCAGGACUCCCAAUUCUGUUAGCAAGCUGCAACUAUCCACGCCGUCAUUCCUCCGAAGGGCUCCGCUACCAGCAUUAGACGAGAAUGGCGAGUUCAAAUCUCCCGCGCCGCUGCGCCUACCUAGGAAGCCCAUGGGCCGCAGCUUGAGUAGUGUGGUGGCCGGCCUACGGAAGCUGGAGGAGGAGAAACUGGAUGAUGAUCUGGAGGCAUUGCACGAGAUGGAGGACGAGGAAAGUGGAUCGAAACCCGCAAAUCCUGCGAAGCCCGCGCCGAAACCACAGGACGAAGUACUUGAACCGGACAGUCAAGGUCAACAAUUACUCGGCGGGUUCGACGACGACGGCCUUUAUGACAGCCCAACGGAGGAGGCGGCAGUUGGUCGUGAUGGUCAACCUCUCAGGGUCUACAAGAAGAAGGGCCAAAAGCGCACCACUCGCAAAGUCAACGUGCGACCCACGAGGGCCAAGCGGCCAUUGGAAUCCACAGAGGAGCGGACGGCUGAUGAUGACGACAAAGUCGUCCCCGAGACGCAAUUCGACGCCACGAAAGCCGAUCAAGAACCACUUGAUCUAGGUUCUGAUUUUGAGCUCAAUGAUUCUGAAGAUGAUGAUGAAGCAGCGCCCAAGAAGACGAAGGCGAAGAAGGCAUCCAAGAAGCCGGCAGACAAGGAGAAGAAAGAAGGCAAGGUACAGAAGGCCGCUAAGAAAGUCAACGAACUGGCUCAUGCGAACUUCAAGAGGCUGAAGCUGAGGAACAACGGAGCAAAGGGCGGACCUGGGUUUGGGAGCAAGUUCCGCCGCCGGAGAUGA